AUGGCAGUCAUCUCAAGACCAGUAAUUGACAUCAAGUCAUACAAAGGCAACAUUAUCAAUGGCAAAUUUGUGCCAACAGCAAAGACACGACACUCAAUAGACCCUGCUACCGAACAGCCAUUGUUCCCCGCCCCUCUUGCAACCAGAGAGGAUCUCGAUGCUGCGGUCAAGCACGCCAGCGAUGCCUUCAAAACUUGGUCACAGACAACCUUUGAAGAGAGAGCAAAGCUUAUGCUCGAGUAUGCAGACGCCAUAGAGGAGAACCGUGAAGAGCUCGAGAAGCUGGACACGAUGGAGUCGGGAAAGCCCGCCAUCGUCUCCAAGAACGAAUUUAACUUGACGAUACAAUGGCUCCGGACAUUUGCCACCAUGGAGCUCAAGGACGAGAUCCUGGACGAAAACGACGAGCGCACAGUCUACAGCACGCACCGUCCGCUGGGCGUGUGCGGCGCCAUCGUGCCCUGGAACUGGCCGGCUCUCCUCGGCCUGGGCAAAGUCGGACCUGCGCUGAUGACUGGAAACACCAUCAUCAUGAAGCCGUCGCCGUACACUCCGUACACGGACCUGAAGCUAUGUGAAAUCGCCAUGUCCAUCUUCCCGCCGGGCGUCUUCCAAGCUCUUAGCGGCGACGAUUCCCUCGGCCCUUGGAUGACGGAGCAUCCUGACAUUAAGCUCAUCACAUUCACCGGCUCUGUUCGCACCGGCAAGCUUGUUGCCGCAAGCUGCUCCAAGACGCUGAAGCGAUGCGUUCUUGAGCUCGGCGGCAACGAUGCCCUCAUUGUGUGCGAAGAUGUCGAUAUCCCUAAAUGCCUGCCCAAGAUUGCCACCAUGUCGUUUAUCAACUCGGGACAGAUCUGCAUGUUGGCGAAGCGAAUCUAUGUGCACGAAGGCAUAUACGACAAGUUCAGAGACGCAAUGGUCGAGUUUACGAAGGAGAACAUUAAGACGGGAGGCGGAUUUGAGCCGGGUGUUUUGGUUGGACCUAUCCAGAACAAGAUGCAAUAUGACUUGGUCAAGGACAUGUACCAAGACGUCAAGAAGUCGGGAUACCAGGUAGCUCUCGACGGAAAAGUCCUCGAAUCAACCACAGGCUACUUCGCCGAGCCCGCCAUCGUCGACAACCCUCCCGACGACUCCCGCAUCGUCGUCGAGGAGCCGUUUGGCCCCAUUGUGCCGCUCCUCAAGUGGUCUUCAGACGACGAAGUCAUUGACCGAGCAAACUCGCUGAAUCUCGGCCUCGGCGCAUCGGUCUGGAGCAAAGACCUGUCGCGUGCCGAGAAGAUGGCGAGGAAACUUAGUGCCGGCAGCGUCUGGGUCAACUCGCAUUUUGACGUGGCCCCGAAUGUUCCGUUUGGAGGAACCAAAGAGAGCGGGUUGGGGAGGGAAUGGGGAAUUGAAGGUUUCAAGCAGUUUACGGAUCACACGAGCUUGUGGGUGUGGAAGAAGAUUUUCGAGUAG